GGAGACACAGACACACAGGAAUUAAGAGAGAAACAGACACAACUAGAUUAAGAGAAACACUCAUGAUCUUUCAUUAAACCAAAAUGGAGCGAAAAACAUUUAUCACUCUUAUUCUCUCAGCUGUCUUCAGUUCAUCUGCAUGUGUUCCACGUCAGUAUCACUUUGUGAAUCAGAAUUUGAACUGGACUGAAGCUCAGAGAUACUGCAGAGAGAAUUACACAGAUCUUGCCACCAUCGACAACAUGAACAACAUAGAAGAGCUGCUGAAGAAUGUGAAUGAUGAUCAGAUUCAGUAUGUCUGGAUUGGACUGCAGAAGACAGACAGUGAUAAAUGGAAAUGGUCUCUGGGUGACCCUGCGUUCUACACAGGAAAUAAUUCACAGUAUCGCAACUGGGCACAGGGACAACCGAAUGAUAAUGUUGACUGUAGUAACAUGAAUCCUGGACAAUGGAAUGAUUAUCCUUGUAAUAAGAGUUUACCUUUCAUAUGUUACAAUGGCAGCAGUAAAGGAUACAUCCCUGUACUUCAGACAAUGACCUGGAGAGAUGCUCAGAAUUACUGCAGAGAGAAUCACACAGAUCUGGUCAGUGUGAGGAACCAGACUGAGAAUCAACAGAUUGAGAAGAUCAGGAAUGAUAAACACAUAAAAGAUGGAGUCUGGAUCGGUCUGUUCAGAGACUCAUGGGAGUGGUCAGAUCAGAGUGACUCCUCAUUCAGAAACUGGAGGCCAAACAUACCUGAUAAUGUUGGGGGGAAUGAAAACUGUGCAGUGGUUUGGGUCAAGUCAGACCGUGGACAAUGGGAUGACUGGAAGUGUGAUAUAAAAACUCAGUUUGUCUGUCAUGAAGAUAAACUGGUUUUGGUUCAACAGAAUCUGAGCUGGAAUGAAGCUCUGAAAUACUGCAGAGAGAAUCAUGUGGAUCUGGUGUCAGUUCACUCUGAACAGAUUCAGCGUCAGGUGAUGGAAUUGACUAGAAAAGCCUCCACUGCUGAAGUGUGGUUGGGUCUACGUCACUCCUGCACUCUGGGCAUCUGGUUCUGGGUGAAUGGCGAGAUCUUGUGUUAUCAGAACUGGGCUGCAGGUCACGGGACAGGAGUGGAAAACUGCAGUGAUGCUGUGAGAGUUGGAGCAGUUCAGUCUGGAGGAGAUCAGCGCUGGGUCAGCCUUCCUCAAACUGACAAACUCAACUUCAUCUGCACCAACUAUGGUGAGUGAGUGUGUGUGUGUGUGUGUGUGUGUGUGUGUGAGGGGAUAAAAUUGGUUGCAUUUAAACAUAUUUACUUUUCAUUAUUUUUUCAAAGUCUUUUUCUCUCUUUCUUUGUUUUGCAUGAAGACUAAAUUAAGCUGUUUUCCAUCAUCAUCUCUAACACAAUCAGUGAAGCAUCAUUUUCAUGUGUAUUUAUUUAUUUGUAAUUUUGUAUUAGUGUAGUUGUUCAUCAAUUUAUAUUGUGCUUGUGUAUGUGCGCAUAAUUUGUGGGUUUGGGGAGGAUGUAUAUUAGUCUUUCUAAUGUUUUCAACAUCUAAAUAUUAUUUUGUCAAUGAAGCCUUUAAAUUUCAUGAAGAAAAAUCCAGCAGAUUUCUGUAUUGAUCAUGUAUGUGUUUCUCCCACUGUUCUAUUAAGUUUUCUUUUAAAUACAUUUCAUAACAAUUUGGGGUAUUUGUGUCUUGAGCAUGUGUGUUAAUAAAUAUCUUAAUUACUCAGAGAAUGUUGAUGUUCUUCUGUUUAUGAUUUUAUACAGUGGCCCCCAAAAUGCAUUUGGACACUAAAGUUACACUUAAAAUCCAUGAAUGCCAUGAAUACUAUCUAUUGUCAUUUAAAUCAAACACAUUUUUUUCUUUCUAAGCAGCAUACUGUAAGUUAUUUGGUCAGGGUACUACCAGUUUUUAU